CUCCUUGGCCUCUCCAACCCACUCUCUCUCUCUCUCCACUCCCAUCCUACACACCACCCUGCCACUACACAAAUCUUCAAAGAUGCGUUUCUCUGCCGUCGCCAUCCUCGCCGCCGUUGUCGCUGUUGCCAACGCUCAGUCGGACGCUUACCCCUUCAAGGACAACGGCGCAUGUGUUGCCAAGUGCCUUCUUGAUGCGGGCUUGAGCAUGGACCCUAACUUCACCGAUGAUCCCACCAACCCCAACUUCCUCACGUCCCUCGGCUACGCUCAUGACAAGGGCACUCCCAAGUACACCGCCUACAUGACCAAAAGUGGCACGUGCAUCACUGGAUGUCCCGCAGUACGUAUUCGGUGCCUUUGCAGUCUUACACACACACACACACACGCACACACACAAACUCCCUAAAGGAUUUAGCUUGUCCCUAACCUCAUAAUUUCUCUUUCCCUGACAAAUAGGCCGAGCUGGCCCUCUACAACGAGCAGUAUGAGAAGAAGACCGAGUGGUACAACCAGAAGAAGGCCGGUGCUACCGGUUCCGUCUCUGCCACUGUCACUGCCACUGCCACUGCCACUGUCACUAACCCCCACGGAGGCGCUACUCCCACUGGCACUGCCACUGCCACUAACCCCCACGGAGGCGCUUCUCCCACUAGCACGGCCAGCAGCGCUGCUGGACUGGUUGCUGGAUCCAGCGCUAUCGUCGGUGCUGCUGUCGCCUUCUUGGGUGCCCUUGCUCUCUAAGUGGAUUCUCCCCCACUCUUCCACCUAUUUGUACUUAGACACUCUUAAUCAUGCACUCUCUUAUAAUAAAGCCCAUGUUACCGUGCGGCCAUGCUG